AAACAAAACUCAAAAACUAAAUCAGAGAGCAGAACUAAAUUCCCAUUCUUCAUUCCUAUAAUCCUAUUCCUAAUUAGUUUUGUUGAAGAUGGUGUCUUACGAGUAUAUUCUGGGUGGGUUCUUAGCUUCUUUGCUUGCCUUUGUUUUCUUCAUGAUCAUCAGUACUACUCUUGGUGGAAACAAAAAGGUCAAAACUUUAAGUGGAGGAGCAAAGAGUAAUGGGUUUCAGCCGGAAAUGGAGGAGGACAAAAGUACCGACGUCGUCAUUGUCGGCGCCGGAGUUGCCGGUGCAGCUCUAGCUUACACUCUUGCCAAGGAAGGACGCCGUGUGCAUGUCAUCGAAAGAGACUUAACUGAGCCAGACAGAAUUGUUGGUGAGCUGUUGCAGCCUGGGGGUUAUCUCAAGUUGAUUGAGUUGGGUCUUGAGGACUGUGCAAAUGAGUCCAUUGAUGCUCAGAAGGUGUUUGGUUAUGCUCUUUACAAAGAUGGGAAGGAUACAAAACUGUCUUACCCCUUGGAGAAGUACAGUGCAGAUGUCGCCGGGAGAAGUUUCCACAAUGGUCGUUUCAUUCAAAGAAUGCGAGAAAAAGCUGCAACUCUUGCAAAUGUAAAAUUGGAACAAGGAUCAGUGACAACACUAAUUGAGGAGAAGGGCAUUGUCAAAGGCGUGAUUUACAAGAACAAGGCUGGAGAGGAGCUGAGAGCAUAUGCUCCACUAACAAUCGUGUGUGAUGGAUGCUUUUCAAAUCUGCGCAAAUCUCUCAGUGCUCCAAAGGUUGAAAAUCCCUCUUGUUUUGUUGGUUUGAUUCUGGAGAACUGUGACCUUCCACAUGCAAAUCAUGGACAUGUGAUUUUGGGAGACCCUUCACCCAUCCUGUUUUAUCCCAUCAGUAACACCGAGGUUCGUUGUUUGGUAGAUGUACCUGGAACAAAAGUGCCUUCAGUAGCUAAUGGUGAAAUGGGCAAGUAUUUGAAAUCUGUGGUGGCUCCUCAGAUUCCCCCACAGCUGCACAAUGCUUUUAUGGCAGCAGUAGAGGAAGGAAACAUCAGAACAAUGCAAAACAAAAGCAUGGCUGCUAAUCCUGUUCCCACUCCUGGUGCAAUUUUAUUGGGGGAUGCAUUCAACAUGAGGCAUCCAUUAACAGGAGGAGGAAUGACUGUGGCUCUUUCAGACAUUGUUCUUCUCCGUAAUCUUCUUAGACCCCUACGUGAUCUCAGUGACGCAACUGCUUUGUGCAAUUACCUUGAAGCAUUCUACACACUUCGUAAGCCUGUGUCAUCUACCAUAAACACAUUGGCAGGUGCUUUAUACAAGGUGUUUUGUGCAUCUCCUGAUCCAGCAAAACAGGAAAUGCGUGAAGCAUGUUUUGACUAUCUUAGCCUUGGAGGUAUCUGUUCAUAUGGACCAGUAUCUCUGCUCUCUGGUCUUAACCCUCGUCCCCUGCACUUAUUUCUCCAUUUCUUUGCCGUUGCCAUCUAUGGCGUCGGACGCUUAAUGCUGCCCUUCCCUUCACCUCAGCGCAUGUGGCUUGGGGCUAGAUUGAUCUUGAGUGCAUCAAGCAUCAUAUUCCCGAUUAUUAAGGGGGAAGGAGUUAGACAGAUGUUUUUUCCUGCAACAGUGCCAGCAUUUUACAGAUCUCCUCCUCUUCACUGAAGAAAUGGAAACAAGCAUUUUUGGAGAAAAAGCAUUGACACCCAGAUUAAUUUGUCUUUUUAUUAUGUGACCCAAUUUGUAUCAAAUGAGCAGCACAAAUUCCCCUUAGAAAGUAAAGAUGAGGUUCAGUGCUAAAAUUACGAGAGAACCAAUUAUGUUCUUAAUUCUUUUAGGAUUUGUUAUUUGUACACAGCUAUAGGCUAUAGCAGGCUAUAGCACUGGUAAACAAUCCACAUGGUUUUUCAGUCAAUGAAUUGAUCUUCGAGAUUGUAAAGAAGAAUAAGAGUCCCAAACUACUAAAGAAGAAAAAAAUUAGCCGUGUUUUUGUUUCACAGGGAUCUGAUGUUGCUCUUGUUGACGGCAGCCAUGAAAGCAUUGUAGCUAGAGCUGAGGGGGAAUCUGAAACCCUUGGACUAGCUAGUCAAGUUCAGGUAGACCUUUGGAUAAGUGAAAACUAAUAAUGUAAUUGAUAAAAACCUAGAAUUGAUGUUCCUGUUUUAUAAUUUGCUGUUGUAGUAGAAGCAUAGAACAGUACAAUAGUUCACGCAAUGCAUGCUUCUUUUCAAUUUAGCUGUCUUAUGUGAAUCAUGAAGAGUAAGUUAUAGGAGAAGUUAUCUUCACUCUGCUGAUGUCAAAUAUAAAUACUUUCCACCGA